CCCCCUCUCUCCCAGCUUUCAUUUUCAGACUCUCUUCCGAAAUCCCAAGCUCCCUUCUCUUCUUCUCUCUCUCCGUUCGUCCAAUUCAAUUCCUUUAAGCGAAGUCCCAUGUUUCUCUGUAAUUUUGUGUAAAGUUUCAUACUUUACAAAGUAAAAAUCUAAGUGAGUGAGCCAAAAAGUUUCAGUCUUGAAGGAGAAGAGAAGAAACUGAAAGAGCUACAGAGAAGAAGUGUACCUGGGUUGUCUCUGCUCAGUUUUUAGGGUUUUCAGGGACUCUCACUGCCUUAUGCGCUGAACCCAAUAUGAUUGUCAGCUCUCUGUGCAAUGCAAGCGCCAGGUUCUCAGGAGAAGAAGGGAUUGAUGUAAGAAAGAUGACAGAACACAAAAGAAACCCCUGCUCUGUUGAGCAAAGCAGUCGCACUGCUCUUACAUCUAAGCGACAUAAGACUGAUUUAUCCAUGUCAACAAAGGAGAGAAAAGAGAAGCUUGGUGAACGAAUUGUGGCUCUACAGCAGCUUGUUUCUCCAUACGGAAAGACAGAUACAGCUUCUGUCUUGCUGGAGGCAAUGGAUUAUAUCCGCUUCCUUCAUGAACAAGUCAAGGUGUUAAGCGCUCCAUACCUCCAAAGCACGCCAACAGCUAAGAUGCAGGAAUUACAGUCAUUCAGCUUGAGAAGCAGAGGUCUCUGUCUCGUUCCAAUUGAUUGCACAGUUGGAGUUGCUCAAAGUAAUGGUGCAGACAUCUGGGCUCCCAUAAAGACUACUUCCGCCAAGUUUGAGAACGUGAACUCAAAUUCCUAUUGAUAGACGAUAUCGAGCUCAACCAUUAAAAAAUGCAUAGGAUAUUGAAGAUGCUAAAUUGAGGCAGUGUAAAGGGUAACCAAUCGUUUCUAAAUAACAAUUACUAAUUUCCUGAAGCAGAAGAGGAUUCAUAACUGAAACUUUUAGCAGGAUGCCCUUCAUGCGGGAACUUCAUCUAAUGCUUUCCCAAACCAUUCUAGUUUUAUGAUUGGUGGUGGGAUGAGCUUCUGCUACUCCUAGAUUUAUUGUUUACCUGAAAAUCUGCAAAAUGUAUAUCUAUAAACCUGUGGUUCUUAUAAAAGUAUUUAAAACCUUGGUUUACCAAUUCAAA